AUGGAGACACAGGUGAGGAGCAACAAGGAUUAUGGUGGCUCACUUCCCGUUCAAAAUGUGCAGGAAUUAGCUUCCAACAACUUCAUACACAUACCUUACCGUUACAUCCGACCAGAGAUGGAACAGGACGAGGUUUGCUCUGAUGAGUCCUUGCAAAUUCCGGUUAUUGAUCUGAGCAAGCUCCACGCCGAUGACUUGGAAUUGGCUAAACUUCACGAGGCUUGUAAGGAUUGGGGCUUCUUUCAGUUGAUCAAUCAUGGUGUUGGAGAAGCAAUAGAGGAGAUGAAGUGUGUGACGGAGGAAUUCUUUAAGCAGCCAUUGAAGGAGAAGAUGGGCUGUGCACAACUGCCAAACAACAUUGAAGGUUAUGGCCAAGCCUUUGUCGUGUCCGAGGAUCAAAAGCUUGAUUGGGGUGACAUGCUCUUCAUCCUUAGUCUCCCUGUAUCUGGAAGAAACAUGAGGUUUUGGCCAACUAAUCCCUCUUCAUUUAGGCCAACCUUGGAUAAGUACUCAUCAGAGCUGCACAAAGUGGCAAUGAGACUUUUCAAAUUCUUUGAAAUAAACCUUGGGAUUGAGAAGGGUAACCUGACUAGCAAGUUUGAAGAUGGAAUCCAAGGGAUAAGAAUGAACUAUUAUCCACCUUGUAUGCAAGCAGAGAAGGUGAUUGGCCUAACUCCCCACUCUGAUGCCACUGGUUUAACACUGCUGGUUCAAGUCAAUGAAGUUAAAGGAUUACAGAUCAAGAAGGAUGCUAAAUGGGUUCCCAUUAAACCUAUUCCGGGUGCAAUUAUCAUCAACAUUGGUGAUAUCAUGGAGAUAAUGAGUAAUGGAGAAUAUAGAAGCAUUGAGCACAGAGCUGUUGUGAGUGGCCAAAAGGAGAGGCUUUCAAUAGCUGCAUUUCACAGUUCAAACAUAGGGACAGAUGUUGGACCCCUGUCUGAUCUUUUGAAGAAUGGUUCAAAGUAUAAGACAUUGAGCUCUGAGGAAUAUGUGAGAUUGGUUGUUUCAAGUAAGCUUGAUGGCAAAAGCUUAGUGCACCAUAUGAAAAUUCAGCAGUGAAUUUAAGCUCAAUAUUGGCGUUAUAAAAUAUCAUAUCGCACUUUCUUUCAAUUAAUUGAGAUGUGUAUUUUGGCCAACUUUACCCAUCAACAAUAAAGAAGAAUAAGAUAAUGGUUUACAUAUUUGU